CCCAGGCACUUCCUCCUUUCAGUUCCUCGUCCUUUUCUAGGCCUCAUCCCGCAAACGGUUUCGCGGUCUCACACCCCACUUUCUUAACCCCGUCGAUGCCACAGAAAAGGCCUCACACCAAAUCCAGACUCGGAUGUGAUCGAUGUCGGAAGAGGCGGGUCAAGUGUGAUGAGAAGGAACCGCGCUGCACGAACUGCACAGCCCGGCAUGAACAAUGUCAAUAUUUACGGAGAUUUCAUUCCCCUCUCAAGUCCUCCGCCGCCUAUCCACACCUUGACGCUUCCCCAGCUUUAAGUUCAAGCUCAAGCCAAGAUAUGCCUCUCGCCAGCAGUAUUGGAGGCCAUGCCACUGGUACCCCGUCUCCUCGAUCCCAAACCAGAGUUAGAGAGCUCGAGCUAAUGCAUCAUUGGUCUACGAAAACUUGCGAAGGGUUUUGGCAGUCAAAUGUCGAGAUAUUUAGAGUUCACGUGACGCAGGAGGCAUUCCGGCAUAGUUAUCUCAUGGACGCCAUAUUCGCGUUGACGUCUCUUCACCUUGCUUGUGAGACAGGUGACGCCAAGGCUUCAUGUGCUCACGUUGGCACAGCGCUCGAGUACCAGAACCAAACCUUGUCAGGUCUUCGGAAAACACUCGACAGCAACAUCACUCCAUCAAACUGCGAUGCUGUUUUUGUCACUUCGGUGCUCAUGUUGGUCUGCGCAAUUGUGUCGCCACUUCUGCCUACCAAUUUCCAGGAUCAUCGCAGGCCUACUACCGAGGCGAUGCUGAAGGUUGUCGACUUCAUCAAUGCGAUUACGUCAAUUGUCGACCUGAGUCGCCCGUGGCUGCUCAAUGGACCUAUCAGUGGCAUGUUCGGAACCGUGAGGGAUAAAUCUUUAAGUGCCGAGAGCCUACUUCCAGCUCAACGAUUGCGGACGUUGAACGAUACAUAUGUCGGUGUCGAAGACAGGAGAUACGCUACUUUUGAAACAGCGAUACAAACUCUCGAAACGUUCUCCAGCUGGGACCGUCCGAUUAUGGUCUGGCCGGCGAAGGUGGGGCCAAAGUUUCUGGCGGAGUUGAGAAGAGGGGAUGUGGUUGCGAAGGCAUUCUUCAUGUACUGGGGCGUCCUCAUAGCUCACCUCGAUGAUAUGUGGUGGUCGAGGUUUUCCGGAAAGGCGCUUGUGGAAGAUUUAUCGAGUGCUCUUGCUCUUACUGAGAGAUCUAAUGCUUUAGAUGAGCUCACAAGGUUCUGUAGAAGACAGGUAGGGCUUUCCGAGUGAUUUCCUUGUGCAGGAAUACAUCAUUGGGUGUCUGCCCCCAUUCAAGUUAGGUACUCCGCACAUAUUUACGGCCUUCAAGUAAGCUCAUGCCUUCUGCUAAGAGAACGUUCAC